CGGCGGCGGCUGAGGCUGGGGCCGGGCCGGGGCUGAGUCCGGGAAGCGGUCAGCGCGGUGAAGGCGAACCGGAGCCCCGGGAAGCGAGGUCUGCUGCAAGUGAUGAGUUUAUCCGCUCUCAGGGAAAGCUCCCCCAUGGCUUCCCAGCCCCCCCAAGAGAUGGAGGAGGAGCUGCUGCCGGCUGGCCCGGAGCCAGGGGACUCGCGGGCCAAGCCCCCCGUCAAGCCCAAGCCGGAGCCCCGGACGCUGCCAGCCAAGCCGGCUCUGCCCGCCAAACCCAGCCUCUGUCCAGUGGGGCCACGGCCCCCCCGGGGUCCCUUGGCCGAGCUACCUUCUGCCAGGAAAAUGAACAUGCUGGCAGGACCCCAGCCCUACGGUGGCAGCAAGCGCCCCUUGGCCUUCUCUCCUCGGCCGGCCGCCGACGCGCCGUCUGCCGGGGCCGGCCCUCGGGAGGCCAGCAAGGACGAGGGGCCUCUCGCCACCCCCUCGCCCCGAGGCUCCGUCACCGCAGGGGUCCGAAAGGCUCCCGCUCCUUUCCGCCCCUUGUCCGACCGAUUCUCUACCAGCACUGUGGAAGAGAUCUUGGCCAAGAUGGAGCAGCCCCGGAAAGAGGGCCCCUCCAGUCCUGAGCGGCUCUGGGGCUCCCGCCUCACCUUCAGCCAGGACGGCAGCUCCCACUACGGCCCGAGGGCCUAUGGUCCGGCUCAGAGCCCCGCGGAGGAGGAGACGCAGACCCGGAGCAUCUCCAGGGACCCGUCCCAGGAGGAGCAGGCGAAGCUUGGGGAGGGGCAGCAAGAGGAAGGCCGGAGUCCAUCUGGACAGCGCCCUGCAGAACCCCAAGCGCUCCGGCCUGGAGCUUCUAGCUGGAUGCGGGAGGAGAGGCUCGUCUCCUCCGACCUGGCAUCCAACGGAGAGCUGGCAGAUGCAGCGUCCCCCCCCGAACUCUCCAAGUCUUCGGCCCAUCCGUGUGUUGUUCCUCCAGUCCCGCCGGGUUCCGGGCCUCGUGAUCCCUCCCCUAGCCCUUUGGGGGCUCCAGGAUCACAGGACCCGGCCCCUUCUGCUGAGGGACCUUCUGUGUCCCAGAGCCCAGCCCUCCCCACAGAGAAGUCACCGGAACCCCUAAAAUCAUUCAGCCCAUCCUGCACCUCCGGGGAAGCCCCUGGGUCUCCCAGAGCAGUCCUCUCCCCCGAGAAGACUUCCACCCCGCCAGAGGCCCCAGGGUCCCCCGGGCCAGAGCAUUCCCAGGUUACCCCUCCCCAGAUUCCUCCUUCAGGGGGCCAGUUUUUGGAGCACUCUAGAACAUUUCCCGUGGAGCAAAAGGAGGAGGGCAGAGAGUCAAGCCUCCGGCUCCCCCACCUGGAACAGCGGCGUUUCUCAGAAGGUGUGCUAAGGCCCCCCAACCAAGAGCAGAAGAAACUAGGGGGGUCGCUGGCUGCCUUGCCUCAGGGCCAGGGAGAAGGAGGUGGCUUGGAGCAGCCCUUUGGGAGUGGGACAGAGUCCAACUGGAGCUUGUCACAGUCCUUCGAAUGGACCUUCCCCACUCGGCCUUCGGGCCUGGGCGUGUGGCGGCUCGAGUCCCCGCCACCCUCCCCCAUCACCGAAGCCGACGACUCGGGGCUCUCUGAGGGAGAGGGGGAAGGGGCUGAUGGCGAUCGGAGCGCCAGGCCGGCGAGGCCCGCCUCCUGGGCCCAGAGCGAGAGCGUUCCCCAGAAGGUCCCCCGGAAGCAGCGGGGCGAUGGCAGAAACCCAGCUUCCUCUGGUCCCCCCUCGGAUCUUCAGCCCAAAGGCUGCGCUUCCCCAAGACCGUCCCUGCUACAAGCAGAGGAGGUGGCAGGGACGGAGGAGCCCCUGGCCAGACUGGAGACCCCUCUGCCUCCCACUCCGGAGGAGGAGGCAGCCUUGCCCAUCCUGGAGCCCGUCCGGGAGCAGGAGCCGCCCCUUCCCCCAGCUCAGCCCUGCAUCUUGUUUGCCGAUGCCCCUGGCCCUGAGCAGGCCACCCCCUCCCAGGAGGAUGCCCCAGACCUGGCAAAAGCAGAGACUAGGCUGACUAGGCCUGAGGGAGGGGACCUGGAGGUGAGGGGGUCCUCACCCGAAAUGAGGGCCCCUGAAAAUGAUGCCGGCUGGCUGGACAAGCUCCUGGCCUCCCCACCUCCCAGUGCCAACGGUGCCCGGAAAACAACACUACCUGAGCAGAGUGAGACUCAGCUGCCCAGUGCCAGCCCUGAGGGGCUCCUGGGAUGGGCUCAGAAAGACCUGAAAAGUGAAUUUGGUAUUGGUGUAGACUCACACCCUAGCACCUUCAGCCCCUCUUCCACCUGGGCCAGAGAAGGCACCGGGGGCUAUGGCCUUGGGGGCUCAGCUUCCAGUGAAAGGGAUUGGGCCAUUGAUGAUGGCUGCAUAGGGGCGACGCAGAGCCAUCGGGAGUGGAGCAGUACCUAUGGCAUAGGCCAGCCAGGGGUGCAGGAAGACUUCGAUACCAGCGGUGGAAACCGAAGCGGGGAGUGUGUCCUAGGAGGGGAUGUGAUGACUAAGGAAUAUGGGAAGGCAGAUCAGCUUGGAACUUACAGUAGUCAAGCUGCUGACCUGCAAGACCGGGAAUUUGGGAAGAGAGACUCGCUUGGGAUUUACACUAACCAGGCUGCUGACUUACAGGACCGGGAAUUUGGGAAGAGAGACUCGCUUGGGAUUUACACUAACCAGGCUGCUGACUUACAGGACCGGGAAUUUGGGAAGAGAGACUCGCUUGGGACUUAUAGUAGUCAAGCUGCUGACUUACAGGACCGGGAAUUUGGGAAGAGAGAUUCGCUUGGGAGCUAUAGUAACCAGGCUGCUGAAUUACAAGACCGGGAAUUUGGGAAGAGAGACUCGCUUGGAACUUAUAGUAGCCAGGCUGCUGAAUUACAAGACCGGGAAUUUGGGAAGAGAGAUUCGCUUGGGACUUAUAGUAACCAGGCUGUUGAAUUACAAGACCGGGAAUUUGGGAAGAGAGACUCGCUUGGAACUUAUAGUAGCCAGGCUGCUGAAUUACAAGACCGGGAGUUUGGGAAGAGAGACUCGCUUGGGAUUUACACUAACCAAGAUGCUGAAUUACAAGACCGGGAAUUUGGGAAGAGAGAUUCGCUUGGGACUUAUAGUAACCAGGCUGUUGAAUUACAAGACCGGGAGUUUGGGAAGAGAGACUCGCUUGGGAUUUACACUAACCAAGAUGCUGAAUUACAAGACCGGGAAUUUGGGAAGAGAGACUCGCUUGGAACUUAUAGUAACCAGGCUGUUGAAUUACAAGACCGGGAAUUUGGGAAGAGAGACUCGCUUGGGACUUAUAGUAGCCAGGCUGCUGAAUUACAAGACUGGGAGUUUGGGAAGAGAGACUCGCUUGGGACUUACAAUAGCCAGGCUGUUGAAUUACAGGACCGAGAAUUUGGGAAGAGAGACCCAGUUGGGGCUUACAGCAGCCAGGCUGUCGAAUUACAAGAUCAGGAAUUUGGGAAGAGAGACUCACUUGGGACUUAUAGUAUCCAGGAUGCUGAUCUCCACGCUCGGGAGUUUGAGAAGAGCAACUGGAUGAGUGAAUAUGGCGGCGGCAGCAAGAGAGCCGCAGAUUGUUUGGAAAGAGCCUUUGGAGAGACAGAGCUGAGUGGGGUGUUCAGUAUGGGACAUUCGCAGCAGCAGGAUAAAGAGUUUGGGAAGAAAGAUCAAAAUGCCAGUUCUAGCUCUGGAGAGAUGUUGGAGAAAGAGCCAGAGGGCUCAUGUGGCCCUAAUACUUCCAAUUUACAGGACCAAGAACUUGGGGAAGGAGACUUGAGCAGUUGGCCCAAGAUCAAUGACUCUCAUCAUCAGGGAGAGCUGGGGAAGAAGGAUCAAGCUGGGACUUACAGGAGCAAUGAUGUCACGCGCCAGUCUAGGGAAUUUGGAGAAAAAGACUGGCCCAGUCAAUUUGGCCAACAAGACAUGAGUCGUUCAGAGAGGGAAUUCGGUCUGGGGAGACGAGAUUGGACCAGUGACUUCCGAAUCGAAGGCACAGACAAGAGUGACCAGUUCGGUAUCAUCGGUACCGACCGAGGCAACUGCUCAGGCCUGGGCAUUCUCAGUGACUCGGAGAAGAUGGGAGGCGCCAACUUUGUGUCUUCUGGGAAGAUGAGGAUGGGGCAGACCCAAUGGACUGAUGAUUUGGGCCUCCGGAACUUGGAUGUGUCUGGUUGUAUGGAAUCAGAAGGGUCGAGGGAGGCCCGAGAGCACGGAGUUGGCCAGACCGACUGGUCCUCUGACCUGGGCUUGAGAAACAUGAACGUGCCCAGUGGCUUAGGGAAUGGAGGCCCAGGGGAAUCCCGGGAGCUUGGAGUAGGACAGAAAGACUGGACCCCAGAUCUUGGACUGAGGAAUAUAGAUGUCUCAGGGGUCCUGCAGUCGGCAGGGCCCAGCGAGGCCAGAGAGUGUGGGGUAGGACAGAUGGACUGGGUUCACGGCCUCGGGCUGAGGACUGUGGAGGCAGCCGAUGACGCGAAACCCGGAGAGCCUCUGGUGUCGCGGGAGCAUGGAGUGGGGCAGGCGGACUGGACGGCCGACCUCGAGCUGAGAAGCUCAGACCUGGGGCCUGGGGGCAGCCUCAGAGAGCGCGGGGUAGGACAGAUGGACUGGGCCCACGAUCUGGGCUUGAGGAACAUGGAUCUCUCCGAUCCGCUGCAGUCUGGAGCUUCCGCUGAGGCACGAGAAUGCGGAGUCGGACAGAUGGACUGGCAGAACGAUUUGGGGCUCCGGAACGCUGACCUUUCCGGGGGCUUGCGAGAGCAUGGGGUUGGCCAGGUGGACUGGUCUCAGGAGGCGGACCUUGCAGGCCCCACUUUAUCCAGUGGCCUGGAGGCCGGAGAGCCUUCGGAAGCCCGGGAGCUGGGAGUCGGAGAGGUGAGCCAGCCCGGCGUUUCGGACUAUGGCGGCGACUGCUCACGGCCUUCGCAGAGUGGCGCGUCUGACGUCGGGAUGGACUCGAGAGAAACCACGAUCUCAGGAACCAGCUCCAGCGGGUGCCUGGCCCGGUCUCCGCCAUCUGGCUCUCAGGGCCUCCUGCAAGACAUGCUGGCCACCAGCAACUCGAGAGCAUCUGCCGGCCGGGAGAAGGCGGCCUCGGGGCCCAGGGGCCAGCCCGAAGAGGAUGAGGAGCAAACGGUGGCAGAUGACGAUGAAGAGGAGGAGCCGGAGCUCAGGAGGGACCCUCUGCCUUCCUGCCGGCCCCAGCCUGAUGGCGAGGCCAGCCGGACAGAGGAGGUGGAUGGCGGCUGGGGCUCCCGGGGGGAUGGCCCCGCUGCGCCCAGCCUGCUCCCAGGGCCUCCUUCCAACUUGUCCAGCCAGGACUUUUCCUUUAUAGAGGACACAGAAGUUCUAGACAGUGCCAUGUAUCGGAGCCGUGCCAAUCUGGGCCGCAAGCGUGGACACCGAGCCCCAGCCAUCCGCCCUGGGGGAACCCUGGGGCUUUCGGAGGCCGAUACCGACUCCUGGAUCUUCCAGGAUUCCACAGAGCCACGGGCAUCUCGGGUGCCGUCUUCAGACGACGAGGUGGUGGAGGAGCCUCAGAGCCGCCGCACACGGAUGUCCCUGGGCACCAAGGGCCUGAAAGUCAACCUCUUCCCUGGCCUGAGCCCCUCCGCUCUCAAGGCUAAGCUGCGUCCCCGAAACCGUUCAGCCGAGGAGGGGGAGCAGGUGGAGAGCAAGUCAGCCCAGAAGGAGUCUGCCGUCCAGCGCUCCAAGUCCUGCAAGGUCCCCGGCCUCGGGAAGCCCCUCGCGUUACCUCCCAAGCCAGAGAAAUCCUCAGGGUCCGAAGGGUCAUCCCCCAACUGGCUACAGGCAUUGAAGCUGAAAAAGAAGCGGGUCUGAGGUGGCGCUUCAGAGGUGGUUCCUGUGCAUCCUCUGAAGGGGCCCAGGCCUGGGAGGCUCCGGCCCGAGGAGGGCUGUGGCCCCGCCCCCCCUGGCACAUUUAUGCACUUUGUACCCCCACCCCCCACUCCCGGGAUGCUGUCUGUGGUUGCCGGUGUUGGCCCCGCCCUCCCUCAGGACCCCUUCCCGUCCUCCCCGCCCCCGCCCACCUUUGGGUUUUCUUUUGAUACCACUUUAUAGCAUUUUGAUAAAAGCCUCGGAUUUUUUGUAAUGGGCGGUGGGCCGCCCCCCUCCCCCCACCCCCAGGAGCCUGUGCAGACCAAGGACGCUUUGUCACUCGACACAAUAAAGUUUUUUUGGGGAUUGGUGA